UCGCCACUUUCUCCCCAUUUUCUCUGCACAGAGGGAAGGCGGCCUUCUCGGUGACUAGGGCACGCUACCAAUUUCUCCUCUCGCUUUGGAAUCUCCGCCCAUCUAUUUCUCUCGAUUCCUCAGAUGUUGCACGGGCCUGAAGGUGAGAAGGUCCUGCCAUUUGGCUGUGCCGCUGUGGUGAAUCCUUCUUCCUCUCUUGGUGAAGCAGUUCCAUAAUCUCUUCUCCAUAGGUAUAAAAUGUCGACCGCUACCCUCCCAACUUCCUUUUCCGUCAAAUGCAUCAGCAAAAACCAACACCCAUUCUCUUCCUUCCUCAAAGCCCCAACAUCCCUAACCUUCUCAAAGAGCACAUUGAAAUCCUUCGGUCUCAAAUCCUCGAAUUCCUUCAAGACAACCGCAAUGGCAAUUUACAAAGUAAAACUCAUCGACCCUGAAGGUAACGAGCAUGAGUUUGAAGCACCAGAUGAUGCCUACAUUCUUGACUCAGCUGAGACUGCAGGAAUCGAGCUUCCAUACUCUUGCAGAGCCGGAGCUUGCUCGACCUGUGCGGGACUGAAGGUUUCGGGUUCAGUUGAUCAGUCUGAUGGUUCAUUUCUUGAUGAUGAGCAGAUGGAGAAGGGAUAUGUGCUUACUUGUGUCUCAUAUCCCACUUCGGAUUGUGUGAUUCAUACUCACAAGGAAAGUGAGCUUUACUAGUUUGAUGUUUGUCUUGGAGAUACUUGAAAGUUAAAACUCUCUGAGUUCGUGUGUAGGUGUAUGGUAGUUUGCUAUCUAGGAGUCAGUUGCUUUUUUUUCUCUAUAGCGAGUGCUAUUAGGUUUUGCCUGUUCUGAUCUAUUUGAUGAAUCAUUGUGGGGGCAUGGUUUUGUAACGAAGGCUGGAUUGUUGUCUCUUCAAUAAUUUGCAAACACCAGGAAUUUCACUAGGAUGUGGUAAACCCUAUUUUACUGUGUUGGAUCAUUGAUAUAGAGAACAUAUAUGGUAACUGUUUGAGCCUUA